UUAUUGUACAAGCAGCGCUGGAUUGCCUUUCUAUGCUAUAGCGUCGUCCGACUCAUCUCGCUUCUACAGAGAGCUACCACAUUACGCAUCAUUUACUGCAUACAAUAUUGAUCACAGAACAAUAGCACUGGAGCGCGUGUGAUGGUUCUAAAGAGGAAACACCAAUUGCAUUUGUGAAAUGUACAGGAGCAAUGAAUGGCUCAGGAUUUUUAAGCGUUCUCUAUGCAAUAGGUAUCGUGUUCUUGACCAUUGUUCUGGGUGAGCGUGGGAUCCUCUCCUCGGAAGCAGGCUCGGGAAAUACCACCGUGUACAACUCAAUAUACGGGUACCGGGAGUUUAAGGAGGCUUACCCCAGUGCAGAACCAACGCUGUGCUACAGUGAACCUGGGGUCGAUGUUAAUGGAACCGUUUUCACCAACUUUACAUGCCCACUUCCGGACCUGGACCGGAAGUUAACCAGAUGCUGCAACAACACCUGCUGUAUGCCUCAAAUGGUUCCAAAACGUGACAAGAGUGACAAUUCAGUGACUGUCGCGGUGACGAUCGUGGUGGUGUGCGCGGUGGGGAUCACACUGUGUAUGGUCCUUUACUGCUGCUGUUGUCAGAGGAGGCCGGGGAUCCACGAGGGGAAACUCAUAUGGAUCAAAAAGAAAAAGGAUAAAAUAGUUUACGAGGAGGGCGGUGUAUCCCCCGCGGGGAGCCCCUCCCAGGAGAACGAUGACGAGGAAGUGCUCGGUUUCGUGUACUCUCCGGACGAGAAGGGACAUACUGACCACUCUUUGGAAAAGCCUCUAGAACUGGACACGCCCACCCAGCAAAAGAGGGUGUUACCGGAAACGAACGGAGUGGACAAAAAACCGGACCGGGACCUGACGAUUCCACUGAUUACAAUCCGGAAACCUAGCACACCUGGUCCAGAAUGAAAAUAUCAAAACUGAAAAGUUUAAUUGUUUCUAAAGAUCAGGAAAACGACGCUUAAUCCAUGAGGACAUGAAACAUCACCCUGAAGGUUUAGACCAACGAGUGAAAACUAAUUUAAAAAAAAAAAACAAUGCUUCAGAAAAUGGCUGAAAAUAUGCAAGGAUAUUCGUCUCAUUUUAGUUCAGCAUAUUUGUUUGCGCAUGUGCAUUGGUGAUGGACUAAAUGCUGAACGGCUUAAUAUCUUGAAAUUUCAUUUUCCAUAUCAUCACAUUAACAUUUUUAACGCAAUAUCAAUGUUUUUACUCCAAUAAUUUUACAUGACUGUUUACUUGUAAUUGACUUUUUCGUUUAAAAAAUUGUAAAAAAGAUGUGUAUAUUAUUAUAUAUACGCAAUAUAUACUGUAAUACGAUGUUUAAAGAUGUAUUUUCUGUUUUUGAUUACAAGUAUGUUUGUAUAAUAUGCAAUUUUUGAACAACUUAAUAAAUAACGAUUUGUAUCGAG